UGUGACUGCUGUACAUUUGCUGAUAUGAUUACAGGUCACCGUUACAUAUAUAACACAGAGCCCUAAAGAGCAACAUAACACUCUCAUCUGUAUCUACGACAAGCAUCUUCUCAGUAGAUCAUCAGGUUUUAGAGAAAUGGAGAGCGUUUCCUCACUGAAGAUGUUGGCAGUUUUGGCUUUAGUUUUGCUGGUGUCCAGUGUGAAUGAAGGACGGAUUCUGACUAAAUGUGAAUUGAAGGCACAGCUUGAAGCCGCUCAGUUUCAGGUUGUUAAGACCAUGGGAAAAGAUAAGACUGUGGAAGAUCUCAUCGCCAAAUUGGUUUGUAAUGUGGAAAACGUUUCGGGAUUAAACACCAGCCUUAUCACCAGCAUUCAGAUCAACCCAGAGGAGAUCAGACCUCCUGUCAGACCCCCAUUCCAAUCCCCUCCCCAUCCAAAAGCCGAAGAACCUAAAGAAAAAGAUGAUGGGAAAAUGAAAGAGGAACACAUCAUUCCUGUCCAACCGCAAAGAAGUCCCAAGGGACGACCGGAAAGAUCUCUUCCUGAGGGAACGAUCAUUCCCAAUGUUACAGAAGCAGGAAAGAAGCUCAUGUUGAUGUGGCACCGUGGUCUUUAUCCAAAAAAGUCCCCCGUUGACUCAUCUGGAAGUCAUUCAGAGGAGUCGUCCGAAGAGAGCGGAUCCGGAGACAGCUCGGAGGAGAAGCUUGAUGACGUCAUCACACAUAACCUGUUCGGCAUCUUCCAGCUCAGCGAUCGCUUGGCCUGCGAUUCCGGAUCCAACAGAACCCUGAACCUCUGUGGUCUGGAGUGCAGUGCGCUCGUUGAUGAUGACAUCACUGAUGAUGUCGUCUGCUUGAAGACUUUGGGAGAAAUUGCUGGCACUUUCAAUGGCUUUGGUCCCAAAAAGAAAUUUGUUGCUAAGAUGAUGGCAAUGCUGUCAGUAAAAGAGUGUCGCUCUAUCACUCCCACUAAAUACUUUGCUGAAUGUUGAAGAUGAAGCUUCUACAUCAGAUAAUGGAGCAAAUAUCCCAUUCAUUCAAAAGAUGUACUUUGUAUCAUCUAGAGACCUCAUGAAAUAAAAUUGGUAUUGUUUGGA